UGCUUAGGUAGUGGCUAACGGAAGUCCUCACUCUGUUGUAUAUGUGGCGAUGGUGCUCACCUGCAUUGCUCUGGUUUGUAAGUAUUCAGGACAUCAGCAGACUCCUCGGUCUGCUUUUGGACAAUUUCACAGGGAUUUUGCCUCUCCAUGGAUCCCACCAUGUCUCUUAAGCAUUUGCUACAGAACUAUGCACGAGCUGUUCCAUCAAAGGGGUAGUCAGCCAGUGGGUUGGACUACCUGGUGGGGGGCAGAGAGGAGUUGGACACCUAUACCGCAGGCACCGCUGGUCAGGCUCAGUCAUGAACAUUGCCUUACACAGAAAGAAGUAAGACAGGUACCGCGAGGAGAAGCAAAACAGGGCAGAAUGGUGAGGUGCUGGAAGCUUUCGGAAGCCAGUCUGGAGGACCCACAGAACAUGCACUGUGGUCCUUUGAGCUCCUCCAGGGUUCCUCACAAAGUUCUCUGGGGGAGUAUUGCUGCCAUGCUGCUCAUUGUUAUCAUCGCUCUCGGUGUGACCGCACAUCUAGGGCUACAGCACAAGGCACAAUCUUCAUUGCAGGUUGUCAGAAUUCCUGAUCACACAGGAGACUUGAUCAAUCAGUCGGCUCUGAUUGACAAGCACAACAGCAUAGUGACCUACUCUGUGACUUCCCAUGUCAACCACACCUCCACAGUGAUUUUUGACAUGAGACAUGGGCUGGUAUGCUAUAAACCUGGCAACCAGGACAGCUGCUUUCUUCGCCGGAUGGAAAGUUUGGAUUACGAGAAUGUGCAGUCUCAUCUGAACAAGUCUGAGCAAGAGGUUCGUCAGGUCUGGGUGGUGGGAAAUCAGACUGAAAAACACACUGAGUUUUUGGGAGUGCUACCCGGCAGUCGUGUUGAAGCUUCCACCCUUCAAGAACCUCUUCAGUCCAUCUGUCAGCAGGCCUCUGUGUACUGGACUAGAAGAUCUGAUGGGCCCGGGAAACAAAGACUUAUUUACUUCUGCAUCGACAUCUGCUUUCCCAGCAACAUUUGUGUUUCUGUGUGCUUCUACUACUUGCCAGAGUGACAUUCCAUUACGGUGUACCAGCACACGCCAGGGAAACAAACAAAUGCGUUCACAUCCACGAGAGCAACUGGAGAGGCUACACAAAUGGCAUAUUUAAUGCCAGUCUGGCAACGAAGGCGGAACCAUCUUGCCAUGUUAUCUGCUCAAUCCUUAUCUUCACCUUCUCUAGUAUUUAGCCCCAUUUUCCAGUGGCGUUUGAACAUGACUGGGCUCUAAGACUCAGUCCAGCUUGUAACCUGAUGCAG